AUGAUUCGUGGAACUUCGUUAGUACUAAAUCAACGCCAAAAUCGUGGCAGUCCGCAGCAAACUCGCUUGGACGCAAGGCCACUUCAAAAUUCUUCAGCUGACUUGGAACGUGGUGCACGAGCAGGUACCGUCAAUAUGCUUUCCGUACAAACACAAUCUUUAAAACUAGCACCUCCAAAGCCUGUGACUUGGCCAGAAUUGACGAACUCUUUAGAAACAUGGCAAGAUCCUGAAGAUGGUGGUGAUUUCUGGGUAUUAUGGGAAAAAUAA